CAGGCGGUCUGCGCUGGGCUGGCAGGGCGUUAUAGGCCAGCAUCGCGGCAGAGGCUGGGAUCGACGUAGUGAGGCAGCCGAGCGAGCGACGGCACAACCAAAUCCUCCUGAUGGGCAACCGACGAUCCCAAAGCCUCCACAGAACAGCACAGAACCUGUCCCGGCGAAUUUUGCGAUGACGGGCGGCGGUCAAUUGGCGCAGCGACACCCAGACUAGCCGCCGGAGCAGACCGCCUUCGGACCGCCUUCGCCUCCCCCAACAACGCCGACAUGGAGUUUCCGCCCCCGCCUACGUCAGCCUCGAGCGCCGCCUCGGCCUCGACCCUCUGGAGCGGCCAGGCGCCCUCGUCGGACAAGUCCAGCCAGCUGCUGAUCCGCGAGUACCCCAACCGCUCCAUCGCCAUCGUCUCGCAGUCCCACGCCCUCAUCUUCCGGCACAGCCACGGCCACGACGCCUUCGCAAACGGUUCCUUCGCCCCGGCGCGGCCGCGUCCAGGCGAGUCCGCCGCCGCAAAGUGCAUAGUCGAGUUCUCUCCCAACAAUAGGAAGCUGCUGAGCGAGUACCGGCCCCUGACCCCGCGCCCCAUCUACGGCACCCUCGGGCUGCUCUCCAUCGGCCGCGAUGUCUUCAUCUGCGUCAUCACCCAGGCCACGCGCGUCGCCACUCUCCGGCCCGGCGAGACCAUCGAGCGCAUCGCCAUGGUCGAGUUCUUCUGUCUGACCACCAACGAAUACGACCAUGUGCUCGCGGCCGACCCAAGCGACCUCGACGAGUACGCCCUGAGCCGCAGGGACCCCGGCACCGUCGAGCACCCGUGCCAGGAGGUCCAGAAGCUGCUGAGCAAUGGGAGCUUCUACUACAGCACCGACUUCGACCUCACCAACCGGUUGCAGGAUAGGUCCGUGGACGCGUGCACGUUUGACAUGGACAACUUUGACGAAUCCUUCCUCUGGAACUCGUACAUGAUCGAUCCUCUGGUCCAGUUCCGCUCGCGUCUCAUGCCGCGGGACAGGGAGGCUCUCGACGCCGCUCGCUUUCUCACCUCGGCCAUCCGCGGUUUCUGCUUGACCAUGACGAUCCCGCAGUCGUCGGCCCCGCUGCGAGAGUCCAGGGCGGGGAUGCCGUCGUACCUGACCGUCAUCUCUCGCCUUUCUUGCCGCAGGGCCGGCACUCGCUUCAACUCUCGGGGAAUCGACGACGACGGCAAUGUGGCCAACUUCGUCGAGACUGAGACCAUCUACUGGAGCCCCUCUGGCGUCGUGUUUUCAUAUGCCCAGGUGCGUGGGUCUGUCCCCAUCUUCUGGGAGCAGGCCGCUGGGCUCCUGCCCGGUCACCAGAAGAUCACCGUCACCAGAUCGCCCGACGGCGCGCAGCCGGCGUUCAAUAAGCACUUUGAGGAGCUGGAGCAGACGUAUGGUGCCGUGCAUGUCAUCAACCUCCUCAGUGAAUCCAAGCCGGGCGAAGUCGAGCUCAGCCAGCUGUUCCGUUACGGCAUCCAGCACUGCCCCCUGAACCGUCGUGGUGAGAAGCAGCAAGACCACGCGCUUCUUAGAGCCACUGAGUACGAUUUUCACGCCGAGACCAAGGGUCCUCAGGGAUACGAAGCCGCCCAGCAGAUUCGCGGCUACAUCGAGAGCUCGGCUGACGGGUUUGCCUACUAUCUCGCCGAGGCCAUAAUGGACGGUGACGACGGGAACAGGCAGCAGCCUUCCACCCCCGGGCGUUAUGUGGUGGUCCUUCAGCAGGAGGGCGUCUUCAGGACGAACUGCCUCGACUGCCUCGACCGGACUAACCUGAUCCAGACCAACAUAUCCAAAAUGGCAGUCGAGACGUUUUUGGACCACAGGGGUAACAGCGCGCCGUCAGAUUUCUGGAUGAGGCACUCCAGCCUGUGGGCCGACAACGGCGACUCGUUGUCCCGGAUAUACGCCGGCACCGGCGCUCUCAAGUCGUCGUUUACCCGUCACGGCAAGAUGUCACUGGCAGGGGCUAUCGCCGAUGCGCGCAAGUCGGCAACAAGGCUCUACAUCAACAACUUUGCCGACAAGGCGCGGCAGAACACCAUCGAUGUCCUCCUUGGCCGCAUAUACGGGCAAACGCCUGUCGUUUUGUAUGAUCCCAUCAGUGACUACGUCGCUGCGGAGCUCAGCAAACGCAAUGCCCAGUUCUCGACCUCCAAGACCAUCAAAAUCUUGGUCGGGACCUUCAACCUCAACGGCCGUACCGAAGGAAUCCAGGACGACCUGUCGGCAUGGCUCCGCCCGCCGGAGCUCGGGUCGGAUCAGCCAGACAUUGUAGCAGUCGGAUUCCAAGAGAUUGUUGAGCUGAGCCCCCAGCAAAUAAUGAACAGCGACCCUCGGGUGAAGCAGCUGUGGGAGAAUGCCGUCAAGAACACCCUCAACCUGAAUGCCGCCAAAGAAGGCAGAGAGAAGUAUCUGCUUCUCCGGAGCGGGCAACUUGUCGGCGCGGCCCUGUGCAUCUUUGUCAAAGCGUCUGCGCUGAAAAGCAUCAAGAACGUCGAGGGAAGUGUGAAGAAGACGGGCAUGUCGGGCAUGGCUGGAAACAAGGGCGCGGUGGCCAUCAGGCUGGACUAUGCCAACACGCAGAUCUGCUUUGUCACGGCCCAUCUUGCUGCCGGCUUUGGCAACUACGACGAGAGGAACAAAGACUAUGCCACCAUCCAUCAUGGCUUGAGAUUCCAGAGAAACAGGGGCAUCGACGACCAUGAUACUGUUAUAUGGCUUGGCGACUUCAACUACAGAAUUGGGCUGAGCAGGGAGAACGCCCUCGAGCUAAUCAGGCGACGAGACCUCCCGCACCUGUAUGAGAAUGACCAGCUUAACCUUCAGAUGGUUGCUGGCCUCGCGUUCCAGUACUACUCUGAGGCGCGCAUCAACUUCCUGCCAACAUACAAGUUCGAUCUUGGACGUGACGAAUACGACUCUUCUGAAAAGGCCCGAAUUCCUGCAUGGACAGACCGGAUUCUGCGGAAGGGGAGCAACAUCCGCCAGCUCUCGUACAACUCGGCCCCCUUGCGCUUCUCGGACCACCGGCCAGUCUACGCCACGUUUGAGUGCACAGUCAACAUUGUUGACGAGGCCCUGCGCGAGAAGUUUAGCCGGGAGAUCUACGAUGGCCGAAGAGCCGAUGUUGGUGAUGUCGGCAGCGUCGUGACAGCCGAUGACACGGAUGACGAGGACCUCCUGGGCUACGACUCGAUAGAGCCUGGCCUACCGCCGGCGAGCUCGGAUCGGCAGAAGUGGUGGCUAGACAAUGGCAGGCCGGCCCGCUCGGCCAUUGUCCCGCCCAAGCCGCCGGCCAACCACACCACGGUUCUCAACCCGAACCGGCCAGCCAAUCCGUUUGCCUCGACGGAGGAACCUGACUGGGUCACAGUGCCCAGGGCCGAAUCAAGGCUCUCGUCCUUCUCGAGCAUAUCCACGUCACCUUAUGAGCAUGUCAACCACUCGGUCAUGCUCUCUUCGUCCGCUUCGAGCCAGCCUCAUAGAAAGCUUCUGCCGCCGCCUUUUGACCCCUCCUCCUUACCGGGAAGAGCUGCACCCGGCGUCAUCCGAGCCAACACGUCGACAGCAUCCGAACAUGAAUCGGUCUCACAGCAGAGGAAUGAAACCCCGCCACCACCCCCGCCAAGGCGUCAGACCAGCUCCGCAUCCGCGGCGGCGGCUAUAUCGACAAUCCCUCUUCGAGCCUCGACCCUGCCAGCGGCGGCCAGGGCGCAGACCAAGAUUCUCCCGCUUCCGGACAUGGCUGUGUCGAGAAAAGCGGUUCCCACGCCGCCUCCGCCCCGACCUGCUUCGGCCGCAUCCAGUAGCUCUCUUGCUACUCAAAAGUCAAAAGCACCGCCCCCUGUGGCCAAGAAGCCGGCGCACCUCGCAACCAUCUCCCCUGCGGGCAGCCCAACAAUCCACCAGAGCAGCGAGAUGGCAGUGGCGCAGCGGUCGAGAUCGCCAGCACAGGCGUCGACAAGCAUGCGGGAGUCAGCGGCGCGGCUGGAUGGCAGCACCUCGAGAAACCAGCAGCAGCAGCACCUUGACGAGGCUCCCGCCGACUAUAGACGGCCAUUCACGGCCACAUCAAAACCCGUUCCCGUGCCUCCUAGGAAGAGCGUCCCAGAGGCGAUGCCCAUCCGCAGAGCGCCGGUCGGGGUGGUGGGAGCGGGGGUCGGGUCGGCUACAGGGCAAGGACAGCUACCGCCAGUGCUCCCGGCUAGGAAGCCGACGGUACCACUGCAGAAACCGAAACCAGAGUACGCGGCGGCACGACACGGUGCACUCCCAGCAAGCGAGACGGAUCUUCUUGGCGAUAGUGGCAAUGUGUUGACUGGAUGGAAAACACUCAAGCCCACAUGAUUUGAUUGCUGGGCAGGCGUCGGCCGUGGGUUUAGAUUUAAAUGUUGGGUAGCCGGAGUUUGGGGCUCACAUCCGGGUCGGUGGUGAGGCUUUGGUUACUAGAAUAGAAGGUGGCAUGGAAAGAAAGGUGACCUGAAAAUGAAGCUAGGGACAUGGACGCGGGGAUAAAGUGAUGGAGGUCUUGGUGAGUGUGGGGUAGUCACAGACGACGGAUAGACAGACAGGGACAAAUCAAAUACUCAAAGCAGCCGCUGGCUGGCAGUUUAUAGGCAGAAACUUGCGUUCCCGU